UUCGUGGUCACUACGAGAGGAUGGUUCUGAACGAAGCUCAAGGGAAAGUUCAAUGGCAACGAGCAGUGACGAACACGCUGGACAUCUUGAAAAAGGCUGGUGCCACUCAAGCGGAGAUUACGAAGGCUGUUGGACACUUGAAGUUCGCUUAUCGAGGAUACUACACUCGAAGGAAUCAAAAGAUCGACGCGCCGGGAACGGAGCAUGAACCUCUUAAGGCGGAUGAACGAAUACUGGAACCUGCUGAAGCUAUUCAAGCAGUUGCUUGGAUGGAUAUGAUGUACGAAGACUCUGGAUUGACUAUGGAAAAGGCCAAUGAAGCUGCUUCUAUUAUUCAAAGAGCCUAUAAAAAGUAUCAAGCGAGGAAACGUUGUUACGACGUCCAGAAGGUAGAAUCGUCGAAGUCAAUGGUAGUGGGGGCCAUUUUGGACACUCUGCGACACAUGGUUUUCGAAAGAGUGACAUCACGCAAGGAUAUCCCAACGGAGUACGGUACUCGACAUGAAAUGAUGAUCACCAGCACGAAAGUAGAGCUAACUUUCAAGGAGCACUUGAGGAAGACACGUUUAUCGGCAGAAAGUAUCUCACAGAUUGGUGAAAUGGAUGAGGAAGAGGAAGAAUAUGAAGACGAAGGAGAAAUGGAAGAGGUUGCAGUAGAGGAACCCCACGCCAAGCCUCAAGAACCGGAAGCGAGGACGGAAACAGAUUACAUGGAAGAACAGGCGGAGGAAGAAGACGAAGUGGAGGCAGUAUCAGAAGCUGAAGUUGCGGAACAUUUACCCACAACUCAGGAAUCAGAAGCGAAGGCGGAAGAAGCGGAAGAAGUGGAAGCAGAUGCAGGGGAAGAAGUAGAAGCAGAACCGGAAGAAACGAAAGCGGAAGAAGCGAAAGAAGAAGAAGCGAAAGAGGAAGAAGCGAAAGAGGAAGAAGCGAAAGAAGAAGAAGCGAAAGAGGAAGAAGCGAAAGAAGAAGAAGCGAAAGAAGAAGAAGCGGCAGCGGAAAAAACGGAGCACGAAGAGGAGAAAACUGGAGAAGAAACAGAGAAACCGGCGGAGGAAGUAGCGGAAGAGACGGAAACGGCGGAAGAAGAGCCAAAUGUUGCCCAAGAGACCAGCGGUACCGCAGACGCGCCGGCAGAAUGAUAUAAAUGCCCUCGUUUAUUAACUUUAUUAAAGCAAUAUACUUCCGAAA